AUGUCUUCAUCAGAUUACGGUUCAGUUGAAUUAAACACGCGAAGAAAAUCAUUUGGUGUCAGUUUACAGACUCACGAGUGGCAGAAUGAAAGGACUAAAGAUUCAUAUCCACGAGAUCUAUCGACAAAUAUCGAAAUAUUAAACAGUUCGGAGGAUUUUGGUUCGAAAGGAAGUUACAAAUUAUGCGAACCAGUGAAAAACUUUGUAUUCGUCAAAACAACCAAGACUGCCAGUACCACAGUGGGCGCUACAUUGUACAGAUACGGGUUGAAGCAUAAUUUAGUCGCUGCUCUUCCAGUGCCCCCUACAGGCGUGGAUUUGCACAUAGAAGGUAACAAGGUUGACGUCACGACAUAUCCAUGUACUGAGGUAUUCCCUGGUUACAACUAUAUAUCAUCGCAUCUACGCAUGUAUAAUCGUGAAUCAUUGGAAACAGUCAUCCCAAACGCAACGUAUAUUACAAUACUCCGUUCUCCGUAUACUCAGUUCCGGUCUUCUUUUUAUUUCUACGCUGCCGACCGUACACUAAAUCUAGAGAAAUGGCGAAAUCCGUUUGAAAAGUUCGUCAAAAAUUUGACAAAAUAUCGCAAACCGUUACCACUGAGUCACCAGUCUCGUAACGGUCAACUUUUCAGACUUGGUUACGACUGUGACCUUGUGUGUGAUAUUCCAAUUGAUCAAAUAAUACAGAAAUUGGACAAGGAAAUCGACUUAGUCAUGAUUACAGAAUACUUAGACGAGUCGUUUGUCCUUUUGAAACAAUUGAUGUGCUGGAGUACAAAAGAUAUUGUUUAUUAUUCUUUGGCACAGCGCCCUCGUGGUCACACGCCCAUCACCAAGGGCAUGGAAGCGAUCAUAUCUAAAUGGAACCGUCUCGAUUUAAUUCUGUAUAACUAUUUUAAUCGCACACUGUGGCGUAAAAUAGAGAAAUAUGACGGUGACUUUAAAGAGGAUUUACGGUUAUUUCGUGCAAAGCAAAUUCAAAUUGCCAACGAGUGUGCUUUCAAUAGUACGAACGAUGCGUGCAAACUGAGUCAACUGAACGUUGGUCAGCUUAAGAAGCUCGUGGCAAAACUGCAAUACAAUAAGUUUUGCAGCAAGCAAAAACAGAUUUAUAUUUAG